CCUAGCCCGCCAAAAGUGAUUUGUUGUGCGCUCGUUGUGAAAAAUCGCAGAUAAAUCUUUUUUGAUUGCAUACAGUUUUAGAUAUAAAAUAGAUCAAAUGGCUCCUGCAAAUGUGUCCCAGACAGAUAUAAGUAUUGAAGAUGAAGACGAGAUUAUGGCUCUGGAGAAACUGCUGGGUGCAGCGGAAAACGACGGUGCAGAAUCAGCAAAACCGGAGAAAUCCAAACCCACACCCACUUUGGCCAAUGCUGUUCCAAAACUCCGCGAAGACAGCAGUUUUGCAGAUGCCUUCAGUUAUGAAAAGACCGUGAAGCCGGCCAAGAAGGAGAAACCACUGGCUAGUAAGGAACCGGAACUAGACUCAUCCGACGAUGAGGAGGUCAAGAACUUCCUGGAACGCAAGUAUAAUGAGUACGGAAGCGAUAUAAAUAAAACGCUGAAGCAGCAGCGAGAAUCGGCUCAUGAGGGUAAGGUGGCAAGGGAGGUGGAUAAUGCCCUGAAGACUAGCAAGAUGGUGACAUCCACUCCACAGCCUCCUCUCAAAAAUCCUCACAAUCCCAUCAAGCGGCAGUCUACGGUUAGCAGCUCCUUUCAAAGGCCUCCCCCUGCUGCAGCAGCAGUGGCCGCCUCUUCUAAGCCGAGUGCUCCUGUGUCUGCAGUUUACACGGAUCCGGUUUUCGGGCUUCGCAUGAUCAACCCAUUGAUCUCCAGUUCACUCCUUCAGGAGCGUAUGGGAGAACGAAAGGCUGUGCCCUUUUCCGGAGUGGCGUUUCACAUUGAGCGUGGCGACCUGGCCAAAGAUUGGGUCAUUGCCGGCGCUCUGGUUUCCAAGAAUCCAGUGAAGAACACGAAAAAGGGCGAUCCUUACUCGACGUGGAAGCUUUCGGAUUUGAAAGGGGAGAUCAAAACCAUAUCGCUUUUCCUCUUCAAGGAGGCUCACAAAGCGCUGUGGAAGACAGCUGAAGGCAUGUGCCUGGCGGUCCUGAAUCCAACCAUUUUCGAGCGCCGAGCAGGAAGCUCCGAUGUGGCAUGCUUGUCAAUCGACACCUCUCAAAAGGUUAUGAUCUUGGGACAGUCCAAAGAUCUGGGAACUUGUCGGGCCACCAAAAAGAAUGGUGAAAAAUGUACCUCAGUUGUUAAUAUCACCGAUUGUGACUAUUGCCUGUUUCAUGUAAAGCAGGAGUAUGGCAAGAUGUCCAGGCGAUCAGAACUUCAGUCGGCCACGGCUGGGCGAGGUCUGAAUGAGCUGAGAAACAAAGUAUUAGGCAAAACGGAGGUAUUCUACGGCGGACAAUCUUUUACAGCUGUUCCGGCGAAAAAGAGCGCAAAACUAAUCAACAAAGAACGUGAUCGUCUCAGUAGCCUAGCUGGAUACGAUGUGUCGCCGUUUUCUCAUACAGCGGACCACGCCUCAAAACCAAAAUCAGCCACGCCUCAGUCGGUGCCCUAUGCCGAACGAACGGGACCGAUUUCCCGGUCAGCAGGUGGCGUAGAAGCCUCUUCUAAACAGAGAAACAAGGAUCUCGAGCGGUUGCGUUUGUUAAAGGCUGAAAAUGAACGGUUUGAAAAGUCAACCGAAGCCAAGGGUCAUGUACUAGGGGAAGCUAGUAAAGCGGAAGCCACGGUCACGCCUAGUACACCCACAACGCCGGUUGCUGUGCCGGACAAGUUCAAGAAUCGAGGAUUUUCUUUUGACGCCAGUUUGACUCCUAAACUAUCAGGCAGCGAAAACUUCUCUUUUGAGGUCAAUGUCGGAGCACGACAAGCCCAAAGUGCCAAAAUGAGGGCAGCAGCAUUGCUGAAGAAGAAACCUCUGGAAAAGGUCAAUCCCAACUCAACCAGAGGCACUGAAACGGGCAAAAGGAGAGCCAUCGAUGAGCUCAAUGACAAGUUCUCCAGCAGCGCUAAGCGUCAGAAAAUAGAGGAAGAGGAGCGUGAGCUGAUGCGCAAGUCCCGCAUUGAGAAAAUCAUGGCCGCCACCUCGUCACACACGAAUCUAGUGGAGAUGCGAGAGCGGGAGGCUCAGGAGGAGUACUUCAAUAAGUUGGAGCGUAAGGAGGCCAUGGAGGAGAAGAUGCUGGGAACCUACAAGAUGCCUUGCAAAGCCGUCAUCUGUCAAGUCUGCAAGUACACCGCCUUUUCCGCCGCCGAUCGCUGCAAGGAGGAGAGACAUCCACUUAAGGUUGUGGAUGCCGAAAAGCGUUUCUUCCAGUGCAAGGACUGCGGUAAUCGCACAACCACGGUGUUCAAGUUACCCAAGCAGAGCUGUAAGAACUGUAAGGGUUCGCGCUGGGUAAGGUCGGGCAUGAUCCGGGAAAAGAAGGUCCUCACCGGCAGGGAGUCCUUAUCCAUUCGAGGCGAUGAGGAGGUCUUUUUGGGAAGUGUGGCAAAUAGUGCCAGCCUUAAUCUCUUGGUACCCGACGAAGAAUAGACGAAAAUUUGUUUCUU